AUGCAAUUGCCGUUCAAAUACCUGACGGCGUUAUCGUUGCUCGUUACAGGGGCACUGGCCAAUAGAGAAACCAUUGAUCAGGACUAUAAGCAGACGUGUUCUGGUAUGUACGACAAAUCGGCGUUUGGUGGCAGCAUCAACCCGUUCAUCACUACGAAUCUGAAGAAAUACGAAUCCGAACCGGUACAGGUGGCUGUUGUGAUAUUUGAGUACCAGGACAUCGACACCUUUGGUGUUGGCUUAUCCGAUGGAAACAGAAAGUACAUCUGUGAUGAAGUUGCCGUAUCUGAAGGUGUGUGUGAGACAGACAAAUUGGGCCAGUUCAUCGUCAACGAUGACAUCAAGGGUAACAAGUCCCAGGUUUUGGCAUACACGUUGAACAAAUUGGGACUCAGCGAGGAGACAUAUCUCGUCAAGAACACCGGGUAUUAUUGCGUUGCAACCUAUACAUCGACAAGAUCGACAAAGUUCAAAGUUGUUGCAAACUUUAGAAAUUCGUUUGGCCGGAUUGCAGCCUCGGAGUUCCCUAAGUUGCCACUCUAUGCCGUGUUGGCGAUUGCGUAUGCUGUUUGCUUUGCAUACUAUGCGUUCAACUUUUGGAAACAUAGACACGAGGUGCUUCCCCUACAAAAGUACUUUAUGGCAUUCUACCUGUUUUUGACGUUGGAGUGUGUCAUGAUUUGGGGACUGUACGACUUAACCAACAGAAAAGGGUCUGGAGAUGCCGGCGUGAAAGUGUACACAGUCUUCGUCUCCAUACUGAAUGGUAUUAAGUUCACCUUUUCAUUCUUCCUGUUGUUGGUGAUCUCAUUAGGGUACGGUAUUGUCUAUCCUAAGCUCGAUAGAAAAUUGAUGCUGAAAUGUCGUAUCUUUGCAGGUGUUCAUCUAUGUUGCGCAAUUCUGUACAUCAUCACGAACUACCUAGCCAACCCAGGCGACGAGAAUGGUCUCUAUGGACUCUUUGCCAUCCCAGUGAUCAUCACAACGGCAAUCUUUUACAUUGCGACGUUGAAGUCGUUGUCAACGACAACGGCCCUGUUACACGCGCAGAAACAGAACGUGAAGUUACAGAUGUAUCAAAAGUUGUUCCGCAUCAUCUUUGUAUCGAUGCUUGUGCUAAUAUUCGGCGUCAUCGUGUCCUCCUUCAUCUUUAUCGGCAUGUCAACCACUGAGAUGAUUGAGCAGCACUGGAAGUCCAGAUUCUUCUUCCUGGACUUCUGGCCAACGCUGGUGUACUUCUUCAUCUUCAACCUCAUUGCAUUCAUCUGGAGACCAACAGACACUUCAUACAUGCUUGCAGCCUCGUCUCAACUGCCAACUGACCCGGAGAACGCUGCCGACUUCGAGCUGGACGAUCUCCAGUCCCUCCAGGACACACAGAACGACGCAGAGUACCAGAACGUUGGCGAUAACGACAGCCUCAACCUGGGCUCCGACGAGGACGACGACCUUCGUGACGAUCACACACGCACCAGCACUUCUGACCAGGACCCGUUCAGAGACCCGACAAACCCGUUUGACGAUCCAAAGAACAGUAAGAAGACCACUUGA